AGUACGGUUCUCUAGCUGAGCCAGUCGUCGAUGAACGUACGGGGGGAGCAAUGCCUCGUUCACGGCAUGGCCAUGAGGCAUCUCCGUAAAUGAAAUCGAGAGAUCGUCGAGCCACGACGUGAGAGCUAUCUCGGCAAGCAACCUUCCUCAGCGCUCAGGGUAAGUCAAUCUCGUUCGCUCGUUUACUCCGCCACGACGGGGCCGACGUCGGCAUCGAGAUGUAUAUAUGUGUGCGCGCGCGCGCGCGUAUAAAUGCGUGAGUGCGUGUGUGCGUGCAUGAACGUAUGUGAUGUCGAAAUGACAUUUUUUUUUAACUACGUGUCUGUCUAAUUUUUUCGAGAAACAAUUCUCUCCUGCCGAGUCGCAGGUGCGAUUCUCUCGCGUUUGUCCCGGAGUCUCGCCUCAACGAAGGGCUGGCGCGAAUGACGCGAAGCGUCUUACCACGCAUCUCAUCCGUGCCUUCCUUUCCGGUGCCCGCUCGAACGGACGAUUAUUUUUGGCCGAUAAAAGCUGAAUCGGUUUGUACGGUACAAAAGCUAGAAAGAAAAAAAGAAAUACACGCUGCGAUGUUGCGAGGCGCCGGUAUAUAUCGGAGCUAUCAGCAACACAUUAACGGGGAGUGUGUGUGUGCCUCUUUCUCGUCAGCUGCCGGUCGGCACUCGUUAGUCGAUUUGUUGAUUUGGCGAAGUUGGGAAGGUCUUAACUUUGCCCCCCGUUCCGCGUUCCGUUUGGAGAUUCAGUUCAGUUUCUGUGCCACUUGUGCUUUACUGCUGUGGUGGAACUCCCCGGCGAGCUUCCCCGCGGAAAUCAUGAGAGAUUCUCGUACGAUCGGUAAGUAGCUGGAGGAGCCGUACCUCCUGCACCUCCAGCAAGGUAGUAAAUAGCGACUAAUAGCGGCCGUCGGCGAGCGUAAACGAUAAAAUAAAUACUGUAUAUUCUUUCUCUAUUCUUCUCUGUGCAUAGAGCGUUGUGAUCCAUCUGCGUUCGAACCCGCCGAGGAAUUGUGUUUCCCGUUUUUUCUGUAAUUACUGUAAACACACUAUCGCUAUUAAGAUCACUCAUGUAGCUUUCAAUACAAAUGUACACCAUUAUGACAGAAUCAAAAAAAAGCCUUUUGAAACAGAUCGAUGAAGCUUGUCGAAAGCAUUGGAUUUUCUCUGGGUAACGUUCGUUUCUUGUUUUUUUGCUCUUUGCCGCAUGUGUCUCAGACAUAUAUAUGUCUCACACACGUGUGUGCCGAGUACAAUAAGUUACAGUUCCAUUGUAUCUCCCUGAGAUAAAGUUAAGUGUUGGGAAAAAAAAACCAUUUAUACGUUCAAUGUUUGAUGUGAGUCAAGUUAAACGAUGAGAGAUACUGUUCUGAUUGUGUUAUAUCAGAAUACGAUGCACACGUUGAUGUUCGGUUCAAAUUAAAAUGUUAGAGCGUAUACAGCAAAUGCGACAGCGAUGGUAAGUAAGUACGGACAAUUCGUUUACAAAAUAAUAUACAAAUAUGAAUCAUGAUUAAUACAUUUUAAUGAUAGUUCUAAUGUUGAUUAUUCCGUGGCAUUACUUCAGAGUUGGCUCACACACAAUAUCAAAUGCUUGUUAACGUUGCGUUUCUUGCAGGAUUACGAUUCUAAUGUUUCUAGUAUUCUCCGACUAACCGGCACACACACACACGCACACACCGCACGAUCUAAAAUUAUCUUUGUCACUUUCAGAUCUCUCUUGUGUGAGUAAGUGAAAUGCAAUGUGAAAAGUAUAAAUGCAGCUUUGAGUCAACCCUGAUGCAAAUCGUCGUCUGCACUACCUCUUCGCGGCCUCAUAAAGAUUUCGAUAUAAUUUUCAGAGAAUAUUACGAAGACCUCGUCCGCACAUACUACGGCCGCAACAUGCAGAAUUUUGACGAUCUCGAUAUCGAGGGACUUAGCCCUUCCCAUCAAUCGGAAGAGGACAAGGAAAAGGAAGAGCACGAACGCAAGCGCAUAAUGCGAUGCAGCGUCACCGCCGAAGACGGCGCGCUGAAGCCGGUGUACUCCGAGACCGAAGACAGUGAUAUAUGGUGUCAUAUCUGUAACGUUGCCCUAUACGGGGCGCAUAAGUUGAUUAGUCACAAUCAGUGCAACCGGCACAAAAUGAAGCUGGACGAGUGGCCGUACCCAGUGAUGUUGUGGUCGAAGCGACCGGAGAGCAAGACGGCAGCGGUACAGUCGACCGUGAUCGGCGACGCGCUGGCGCCCGGCGAACCGGUGCCACCCGGCACGGAGGACCAGAUCACGCGUACCACGUCGAUACAGAUGAGCCUGGACCGGCAUCAGAGCUCACCACUGGUCGGCCUCGAGUACCUCCUGGAGCUGGUCGACAACGAGUCCUGCGAGCCGAGUUACACUUGCGUUUUGUGCGACAAGCGCGGCGACCCGCGCACGGUAAUGGCGCACAUUACCAGUUACAAUCACCGCAUCACCUACCUAAAUCGGCACUUCCCCACCAUAUCGCGAGCGAUCACGGAGCUGCCCCGCACUCCGAAUUAUAAGCGCGGUGCCAAUGAGAUAUCGGUGUUAGUGGCGAAGAAGAUCGAAGAGAAGUUCGGCCGAAUGAAGCCGCAGUUGGUGGAGAAGUCGCAGUUCGAGAAGAGUAGGAUGCAGUACAUCAAGAGGGUGUAUCAGGACGUGCACUUUAGGGAAACGCCGGAGUGUACGUUUAUGGAAGUUUAUGAUGUAAAAUGGGUGACGAAUUUUGAUGAAAAAAUGGCGGAGCUGAAUGGUAAUAAUGUGAGGAAGAAAGAUCCUCAGCCUACCGAUGGGAAGGCCGAUAACAAGCAUAAAAAGGAAGACAAGAAGGAAAAGUCGCCGAAGAAAGUAGAACCCAAAGGAGAGCUCACCAAAUCGGGCUUCAAGAUCCGCAUGUUCACCAAGGACAAGACGAGCCUUCGCAAGCCGGCGUCGAAGGCCGAGGAGAGCGCGAAGAAGACGCCGAAACGUCCGUCUGACGACACGAAAUCGCUCUCGUCGCUGUCGAGCAUUUCCAGCAGCCCUUCGCCGUCGCGCUCCAAGUCCCGCUCGCCGGUUACCCGGAACAGGAGGAGACACUCCGCCGAGAGGAGCGUCGGAGGAAGGUACCACCGUAGCGGGUCGCGGCAUUCGCGCGAACGGCAUCUGCGGCCCUCGCGGGAGCGCGCGCGCGGACGCUCGCGCUCGCGGUCCCGCUCGCCGCAGCCUCCGCUGAGGGAGCGCGACAAGUGGGACAAAUAUCGCGAGCAGAUCAGGCGGGCCGAGGAGACGUUGGAGCGAGCCCUCAAGUUCCACGAGAAGAACCCGGAGAAGCACCCGUCCUACCCGGACGAGUGGAAGAAGUUCUGGAACAGGCGUUACAAGGAGCUGCAGGCUGAGGGUAGCGACCCGAGCAAGCACGACUUCAAGCCCGAGUGGAUCGAGUUCUGGAACAAGAGGAUGCGCGAGAUCCACAACGAACAGCUGCAACAGCGUAAGGAGGAGAUCCGCAAGCGGCUGGAGCUGCCCGAGGACAAGCCGCCGGAGAAGUGGACGCCGGCGAGGCGCGAGCGCUCGUCGCCGGUGGCGAAGCGGCCGAGGCACCGGGCGGACAGCGACGACGAGGUCGAGUACGUCGGCACGAAGAUGAUCAAGCCGGAGUAUUACGAGCGACACGAGGCGCUACGGGAGCGCGAUUACGCCUACCCCUCGUACUCGCGCGGUAGGGGCGCGGGCUACAGCCACCCCUAUUACCCGCGCACCGCCACCCGCGUCAGGCCGAUCCACUUCGCGACCCCAUACCCCGUGAAGGACGACUCGCCGGCGCCUUCGUCUCAGGAGGAGACACUGACGGAGGACCUCGAGGUGGUCGGUCUGCUCAGGUUGCUCACAGCGUUGGAGGGCCAGCUGGGCUCCCUCGGCCCCAAGAUAGUAUCGCUCCUGUCGAAGGCCCUGGCCGCCGAGAAGGCCAAGCCGAAUUCCGCGGAGGAGCUGCUGUUCGACGAGGAGGUGAGCGUGAUCUUCGAGACGGUGAAGGAGAAGCUGAAGGGCCAGCUGUUCGCCGGGAUGGUGGAGAAGAUGGCGGUGAGCCCGACGAAAACGGCGAUACAGAACAUCGCGAAGCUGCUGCACAAGGCGUCCGAGAGCAAGAAGAAGCUGGAGGAGGAGAAGCGGAAACUGGAGCGCGAGCUCCUGCCGAGCGCGAAGCCGGUCGCGAGCUACAUCGCCGGCAGAGCCGCCUACUCGAGACCGGUGGAGAUCGUUGCGCCUGCGAUCAAGUCCGAGCCGGUGAGCGUGCCCGGUGUCGGUACGGUCGACAAGGUAGCGAUCGCCCAGGAAAUCGCGGCGGCUCUGGUCGCGCAGGGUAAGUCGAACGUCUCGCAGGAGGACCUCGAGACUCUGAUCAACGCGGUGGUCGGCAUGGCGGAGGCGUCCAAGCUCUCCGACAAGCCGGUCACCACCGCUGACUUCGUCAAGGGUCUGGCGAGCUGCAGCAACGCCGCUCGGUCGACGGUCGAGAAGACCGUCGAGCCGAACGAGCGGCAGUCACAGAAGGUGGAGGACCUGUCGGACGCCGAUCUCAAGUCGAUGCUGCAGAACUUCAAGGAGCUCAGCACGCCGGAGCAGCACAAUCUCAUCGGUUUCCUGAAGAAGCUCGAGGCGAGCGACCCGAGCCGAGUGGAGAAGCUCAGGGCCUUCGUGAAUCUCGGCACGUCGUCGUCGGUGAUGUCAACGAGCGGCGGCCGCUUGAAGUCGCCGACCCCGGAGGUCACCGUCGAGGCCGUCACCGUCGGCAAAAGCAGGAAGAGCGUCUCGCCGUUCUCGAUUCGCAAGAGCAACCAGAACCCGACCGACGAGGAGGACAAGUGGAAGCCGAAGCUGGACAUGUUCGCGAACGACGACGACGAGGAACCGGCCGACAGCAAGAAGACGAAGGACAACGACAAUGAGAAGACGGCCAAGACGAAGAUAGACCUGUCGGACGACGACGACGAUUACACGUUCGAGGACAUCUACAAGGCGGCGGACAAGAACGUGAGCGAGAACGAGAAGGCGAAGAAGAAGACGUCGCGCGCCUUCUCCAAGUCGUGGUCCCGCUCGCGUUCCCGCUCGCGCUCCAAGUCGCGCUCGCCCCCUCGGCCGAAGGAGACUGCCUCGCGCACCAACGAUCCGAACGCCAUACUGAACGAGACCAAACGGCUGAUCGCGAACAUCAUGGGCGACCUGCCGAACAAGUUCGUCACCAAGUUGCACGGCGGCAAGGACAAGCUCGACUCGCUGCCGAGCGCCGUCGAUCAGCAGCAGCAGCAGCAGCAGAUGCCGUCGGUAGCCGGCGGCUUCUACAAUCCGAUGCAGCAGCCGCCGUUCGCGCCUUCCGGCAAUCAGCCGCGGCCGCCGGGCCAAACGAUCACCUAUCCCAACGUGCCGGGCAGUCAGCAGUUCCCCAGCUACCAGCAGCAGCCGCAGAUGUUCCCGAACAAUUCGGGAUACAUGGACAAUAGUUACAAUUAUCAGGGCUACGGCAACAUGUCCGGUCAGUACGGCGCCCAGUACUCGCAGCAGAGCUCCUACGGCUCUUACGCGCCGCCCCCGGCCGCGCACACCACCCCGGGCUACACUCCGCCGUCGCAGACGCAGCAGUACGACAGCUACAUGCAGCAACCGCGCUUCUAUUGAAUCCGUCGGGAGAGCGUCGUCUUCUCUUUCUCGUUUCACUCUCUCCGUCGCGCCGAUAUGCGUCUCCCCUGUAAAACGUAAGAAUUAAGCGAAUGAUUGAUCGGCCAAUUGAUCAUGCGCCAACGGACACGAACGGACGCCAGUCAUAUCCCGGUGUCGCGCGAUUCCCCCCUCCCCUCCACCCCCACGGACAAUUUCUUCUCGCGCGAGACACCAAUGCGGAUGACACGGAUGACUGCGCGGUGAACACUCGGCCGGCCUCGCCGGCCUCGUCAAGCCGUCGUCGACAGCUUUCUCGAAGUUGUUCCAGUCGAGAAGCGGCGGCAAGUUACGAGCCAAAGUGACGCAAACCACAUGGCCGUGACGAAAAGCAGCGUUCCACUUAACGCUCGCAACGAUUGCGAGCAUCGUUCUUAAUCUUUGUUUAACGUCCGAGAGAAACAAGGAUAGAAUGAUGCGAGGAUUGCGAGCGCUAAGUGGAAGGCAGCGAAAAUAAUUCUCCGACUCCCCAGCUGACGGUCCGGGUGCUCGCUUCUUCUCCCGGGUUGUCGCCGGCGCAACGCGGGAGGAACGAGCGCUCACUUUUCCUCCCGGACUCGGUGGUGUGACAAACGUGGUGGUGAGAUGCUGUAAAGUACAAUCUGCAACACGUCUUUCUCAAGGCCUCGGCAGAACAGCUGACUUGUAAUUUUAAGACAACGCUCUAUGCCCGAAAUCUUUGUCCACAUUAUCGUUUCAUUGAUCUUUUGUUUUAUCACACGGCAGUUUGUCGUCAGAAGCAGAACGGUUUUUUAGGUUUGGGAUUUAUUUAUUUGAGUAGACCGUCCGACUGGUUUCGAGAGCUCCCUCGGCGCCCGAAGUCGCGACACGCACAAACGUGCGUCCAAUCUGACCAUGUGCUUUCUGUUGUUGAGCUCGAAGGUUGCGCUGGAACUCCGUUCCUCUUCCCUUCGACGCUAAGUUACACACACGUCUCGCUCUAACGGUAAAAGGCGCGACCCAAUUCAGGAACAGAAAACAGACUCGUAUAAAUGUAUAUACGCAGUCAUAAUACAAAGCAAACCACGUGUUCAACGGAAGGACGAUGGUGUAUCUACUCCUAAACGUAUUUCGUAUCUUACAUAUUGUCUAAUGUAAAUAUUCUUGAGAAAUUGAUGCAGUGAUAACCUCAAUUAUGCAUGGAUUGUUUUCCAAAAUGUUAGAAGAGAUGUAUGUAAAUCUGGGUGUGGUUACUUUGCAAUAAAUUUGUAAUUUUGUUUUUUUCUACAUUAGCAUAUAUAUAUAUCGUGUACAAAUUAUAUUUUAUUACUUUCAUUCUCAGUGUCUUAACAUCUGUUUCUAAAUAGUCCACAAAAUAUAUAUCAUUCCCAUUUCAGUGAUUAAAACCGUACUCGAGUGACAUGGCAGUGGGUCUAAGGGGCCGUUUCACAACGACUCCGGUUAACUCAACCCGCCGAUCAUUCCACUGGAAUUGAGUAAUCUCAUUUGCCGUUGAGUAAAAUUAACCAGAAAUCGCCAAUCACGAUUGACAUUUAAUCGAGUGACGAAGUUAACCGGUUGCGAGACUGGUUCUGAGUGUUAAGAUUCCAGGCACAAGGCGGUCGCUGUGCGUUCCGAGACAAGGACUCGAGGCCUUAAAGAUUGUCUUGAGCUAACAAGUCAGCCAUUCUGCUAAAGCCCUUAGCCACGCGUUGCUCCGUUGUGCAGGAGUAUUGACUCCGUGUCGCCUUCCCAUGAGAUGAGAAGGCGCGAGUCCUGGUGACCUUCCUUGUGUGACGGGCGAACCCGCCGCGUCACGUCGAACACGCGACGUUUGUAACGCGCGAAAUCUUUUCCACGUUCGUACACGUCCAUAAUCGCACUCGCGUUUUCGUACAUGUUUUUUCUGUGUGCCCGCUAGACGUGCGUAUGUGUGCGUGUGUGUGUAUGUACGCGCGUGCAGGUAUGUAUAAGUUGUGUUGCGAUAUUCACCGUCAGUCCUGGAGAUUUAUAGUGCACGUCACGUGUACUAUAGAUUUUCAGGGCUGCCGGUGAAUAUCGGGGCGUGCAGCCAUCAUCAGUGAAAGUAAUGUGAGUCGAGUGUACACGGGGUCGAAUGUAAGUCGUUUUCGCGCGAGUUGCAUACGUUUCUCGUAGUGAACGUGGUGAGUAUGCGCACGCGCGCGCCGUUGUUACCAUACGUCGUGUGCCUGUGUGUGUGCGUGAUUUCCCGACCAAGCAGAAGUAAGUAAAAUUAAACGAGACGGCCGUCGGCGGAGAUACGUGCGUCAACCACCGUUCGUCACGUUGAUAGGAAAUGUUCUGUAUAAUAAUUUAUCGUUUGUAUAUCAUAUUUAAUACGCGAGAAAAACAAAUCGUCAGCGUGCGUGCGCGUUGUACAGAAAUUUCAGCAAUAUUUCGAAGGAAAGGGAAAGGAGGCAUUUUCAGAACGUUAGUAAAAUGAUUGUCCGGCAGCAUUUGAAAAGAUAUUCAUCAUCCAUAAUCACCUGUGGUAUUCCAAUGUAAUUAUCAAUAGUAAGUAUUAUAGAGCGAGGGAGUGAUAUCGACGGUAUCGGUCAAUCGCCUUCAAUCUCAAAUAAAGCACGCGACGUGAGAGUUUCGUGGGA